GGGGGGGGGGGCGCAGGCUUCGGGCCUCGCCGGAGGUCUGCGGGGGCUGCCGGACGUAGCAUGGCAGACGACGCAGGUGCUGCUGAGGCCCAGGGGGACCGAUGGACGCCAGCCCCUUCCAUGGACAGAGUGCUGAGGUCACCACUUCCACCACCGCGGAUUCGCACCCGGCCGUGGUGGUUUCCCGUGCAGGACCUGAGAGACCCGCUGGUGUUUUACCUCGAGGCAUGGCUGGCUGACUCCAUCUUCGGCCCAGACCGAGCCAUCAUUCCAGAAAUAGAGUGGAUGAGCCAAGUCCUGCUGACGGUGGACAUAGUUAACUCUGGGGACUUGGUUGAAAUAACCGUCUUCGGACAGCCGCGUGUACAGAAUCGGGUGAAGAGCGUGCUCCUGAGCCUGGCAACCUGGCAUCGGAAACAUCGUGCCCGAGCUGAGAAGAUGAGACAACUUGAGGAGUUCUUGAAGACCCACGCAUCAGGUCCCCAGACUCCUGAAAAUCAUGCUGCAUAAGUAUUUUCAGGAGCAUGGUGAGAACAGUCCUGCUUCUGCUGCUAAAGUUCAAGAGAAGCACGUAUGCAUAAAUCUCUGUGUUCUUUUUUUCCUGUGUCUUGAUGGGUAGGGCUUUGAUUAUGAUGAUGCAAAAGUGAGUUUGUAGUGCCAUUCCAGAAAUGAACUGAAAUUCCUUUUUGUCCAAUGCUAUACAGAUCUUUGCUCACUUAAAA